GGACAAGAUUAUCCCCCUGAAGGACGCCAACUCCGCCUCAGACCAGGAACUCCCGAGAUCGUGGGACACCCUGGCUGACUACGACGAGGAGUACGACGAUGAUGAGGACUACGACGACGAGGAGGACGACGAGUACGUGCUGGAGGACGAGGACGACGACGAGGAAGAGGACGAGGAUGUGGUGCCAGGGAGCGAGGCUGAGAACCAGCAGCAGCAGCAGCAACAGAGGGCGUCUGGCGGAGAAAUGGGAGACCAGAGGCUGAACCGCCGGCCAUUCGCCGAAAAGCAGUGUCCUUCUUGUCCUGUGGUGAGGCCAGUGUUCCUCUGUGGCUCCGACAACAGAACUUACUCCUCUCUAUGCCGCCUGCACUAUCACAAUUGCAUACAUGAAGCCAACGUCCAUGUUGCAUGCAAAGGAUUCUGUCCGUGUAAAGACCCCAACUCCCACUCCGCCAAGAAAGAGAGACAGAGAGAGAGACUGGACGCUUAUAUUAACAAACUCAGAGCCACCAAGGAUGAACCAGGCACCUCAUCUCCUUCUCCAGAUUCAACGCAGUCGUCAUCCUCGCCAUCAUCGUCUUCCUCCUCUUCCUCCUCCUCCUCCUCUUCUUCCUCCUCUUCCUCGUCUUCUUCCUCCUCUUCCUCUAACACCUCCAACAGCGACAGCAGCAGCAGGGGCGGCAGCGGGCGGGGCGGCGACGGCGGCAGGAAGCACCCGCCUCGCGACAUGGCGGACAAGUACACCAACCGCGUGCGGAGCCGCUUCAACAAGGCCAAGGGCUACAAGAAGAGCGGCGGCUACAAGGGCGAGCGCGGCGGCGGCAGGAACGGCGCCGACGACGGCAGCAACUACAGCAAGUACGGCAAGGACUCCUACAGAAAGAUGGACAAGUACAAUGCCCACCGGCAGUGGUCCCGCCGCACCAACGACCCGACCCGCCUCGCCUCCAACACCGUCUGGGGACCCAAUGAAUGCACCCAGGACGCCCUCGAAGCCAUGGGGAACCGGAUGCUGGACUGGUUCUCCGUCAUCAUGGCCGACUCGCGCAGACGAACCAACUCCGUCACGAAAGCUCCCUCCUGGUGCAAGCCCGAGGUCUCGUGGAUGCUGGGCCACCUGGACGGGGACAGCGACGGCCGCCUCAGCGUGAAGGAACUGUACCAGCUGGAGCACGACGACCACGAGCGGUGCAUCAAGCCCUUCAUCGACCGAUGCGAUCUGGACAGGGACAUCUUCCUGUCUGCCCGCGAGUGGUGCAAAUGCUUCGACAAGUCCGAGCGCCCCUGUGCAGCCCUGCGGAAGGCCAGCAAGGGCCUGCUGGGCGGCUACAUCCCCGAGUGCGACAGCGAGGGCUACUACCAGCCCACGCAGUGCCACGCCGGCGCUGGCGUGUGCUGGUGCGUGGACAGGCACGGCGUCGAGCUCCCCAGCACCCGCACGCACAGCACCCCCAACUGUGACGCGAUAGUGAACAGCCAAGAGGUGAGCAGCAACCGCGUAGACGACGACGCAGAAGACGGCGACGACGACAUGGACGCCGUGGAGGGCAGCGCCGACAUGCCCCUGGACAUCUAAGCGGGAAAAAAAAGAGGGGUCGCCUCUCCUUCCCUCUUCUCCUCUUCCUCUCUCUCUUCCUCUCGCUCUCCUGCGACCGCCGCCCCACAAAGCCUCCAGGCGCGCUCGCGACGUCCCCGCACUUCUUCCCUUCUGAGAACCACCGGAUUUCGAAGGCUUUUGUCUCCUUUUGGGGGAGGGAGAAGGGUCUCUCACUCCGCCCCUCUCUCUGCGUAUCUCUUGAAAUCGUUUGAUAUUCACUCCUUGGACGUCUUUAAAGGUCCUCAGAGAUUGCGAGGUGUUCUGUUUGCUUAAUUUUACCCCGUUGCUUGACGGACGUUUCGACAACCAAAAGUGAAAUGAGUGGAAAUAAAGUGUAACGUUACGUACGAUAUGUUCAGAUAUUAAGAUCGUCCAUUUUCACAUCCCUUUCUGUCCCUUUCGGAGCUUUGGGACUUCGGUGAUCUUGAAAUGCCUUUUUUUCUUUGCCUUCUCAGGGUGGUGCACAAGGCAUAAGGUGUAAAGGGAGCGGAUAGAGGGACCAGGGGCUAAGGGAGGGGAGAGGGGGGAGAGGAAAGGGAUGGGAGGAGGAGGAGGAGGUGAUGACCUCUGAUAGCUUGUCUGGUGCUCGCAGUGGCCUCGGCGUGGGUCAAGGCAGGUCAAAAGGCGGCACUUGAGGACUCGUAUCUCUGUCCCACAUAAACAUUUGAGUGAUAUUUUUCACCAGCUAUGAGUGCCGUUUCCUCUUUAUUCGGAGAACAGCUCGGAAAAGAAUAAAACGAGGGAUUAAAACAUUAUUGAUCAUAACACAUUCUAUUUAGGCUUGGAGUAGCUGGGUAAUAUAACAUUUUAAUCUCAUACUGUGGAAAUACAUAUUGUAUGAGGUGGACUUAGAUUACAUGCACAGUUUGCAUAAAUAUAUAUAUACAUACAUGCAUACCUA